CAAAGUCACAUUUUCUUUGCACUCUUUAUUCCUUUGCCUUGCCUAACCAGAAACAUACAUUGCUUGUACAUGUCCAUUCAUGCUCACCCAUCUCAUCUAAUACUCUAUUACAAAAUACAGAGGCAGUAAGAGCUUACUGACAAAAAAAAAGAUCUACAAUCAAUUAUUUCUCAUUUUGGCUGAAAAGGAGAGUUUUCCCAAGUUAAAGACAGGAGGAGCUCUUACAGGAAUGGUUAGUCAGCCAGAAGGGAGGCUAAAAAUACACACACGUUGCCUGCAUGAAUCUCAAACCGAUCCAGCUUCCAGGCUGAAAUUCACUUCUGACCAAAGUUAAGGACAAAGAGAAAAAUGGAACUGAUACAGAACUGACAAGAAGAGUUAAAGAAGGAGCUGAUCAUGCUGACUGUAAAUCUCUUUUACCUGCUUCUUCAUUUCGUCUACCUGGACCCUGCCAGCCCCUUACAGACUGAUGCAUGUAAGCUCUGUGACUGCAGUGGAGUGGAGCUUAAAUGCCCACAGCAAACAACAGGAACCAGGACACCUGCGCUAGAACUGCUUUUUAGUCAUUUCUGUUUUAAAAUUAUCCCAUCAGAGGUCUUUCAGCAUUUCCAGCAAGACAUCAUAAGAAUAACAAUUUCAGAAAGUAAUUCGCUGGAAAGAAUACAAAGUUAUGCAUUUUCCAAUCUCUCCAGCCUGACUGAAUUAACCAUCCAGAACACAAAAAAUCUGAUCCAUAUUGGUGAAGGGGCUUUUGGAAACCUACCAACAUUAAAAUACCUUAGCAUUGGCAAUACAGGGAUUAGAAAAUUUCCAGAUGUCACCAAAAUCUUCUCAUCACAGUUGCAGUUUAUUCUGGAAAUUUACGACAACUUGCACAUAACCACGAUACCGGCAAACGCAUUUCAAGAAAUGAAUAAUGAGCCUUUAAUAUUGAAACUUUACAGGAAUGGAUUCGAAGAUAUCCAAAGCUAUGCAUUCAAUGGAACAAAGCUGGACCAACUGUUUCUUAAUAACAACAACAAUCUCCAGUACAUUCAUAAUGAUGCCUUAAAGGGAGCCAGUGGACCAAAUCGCUUAGAUAUAACAUCAACAGCAUUAGAAUAUCUACCUAGCUAUGGACUGGAGUUUAUUCAAGUCUUAGUUGCGGAAUAUUCAUACUACUUGAAGCAGCUGCCGGCCCUGGACAAGCUUGACAGCUUAAUCGAUGCUCGCUUAACCUACCCCAGUCACUGCUGCGCUUUUAGGAACAUGAGGCUGAAAGAGCAAAAUGCGUUACUUGAAAACCUAACAAAACAAUGCGAUUCUACGUUACACAAACAGUUCAAUGGCACAAAUUCAAACGAAAUUCCUUCCAAUCUGCCACUGUGGACUGAAAAGGAGAAGAAUCUAACAGCCAUGUUUUUUGAUCACGACGAAGCCGAUCUAAUCGCAGACUACGAGUACCUGUGCCAGCCCAAGAUCCUGAAGUGCAGCCCAGAACCAGACGCGUUCAACCCUUGUGAAGACAUCAUGGGAUACGACUUCCUCCGAGUGCUGAUAUGGUUCAUAAGCAUACUCGCCAUUGCAGGCAAUGCAGUUGUCCUCUUUAUUUUGCUAACAAGCCACUGCAAGCUGACGGUACCUCGGUUUCUGAUGUGCAACCUGUCCUUUGCGGACUUUUGCAUGGGGAUUUAUCUGCUGCUCAUCGCGUCUGUAGAUUCUCAAACAAAAAGCAAGUAUUAUAACCAUGCCAUUGAUUGGCAGACCGGGAGUGGAUGCAGCGCGGCUGGCUUUUUCACUGUGUUCGCCAGCGAGCUCUCUGUUUAUACGCUGACUGUGAUCACCCUAGAGAGAUGGCAUACAAUAACCUACGCAAUGCAACUAGACCGAAAGCUCCGUUUGAGGCAUGCCAUUCUCAUCAUGCUGGGGGGCUGGAUAUUUUCACUCGUAAUAGCAAUGCUGCCUCUUGUUGGCGUUAGCAAUUACAUUAAGGUCAGCAUAUGCUUGCCUAUGGACAUAGAAACCCCGCUCUCACAAGCCUAUAUCAUAUUUAUUCUAGUACUCAACGUCAUUGCCUUUAUCAUUAUCUGUGCCUGUUAUAUUAAAAUUUACAUAGCAGUGCAAAACCCAGAGCUUGCGCCGACAAACAAAGAUACCAAAUUAGCCAAAAAGAUGGCAGUGCUCAUCUUCACAGACUUCACGUGUAUGGCACCAAUAUCAUUCUUUGCCAUCUCUGCUGCAUUUAAAGUCCCUCUUAUCACUGUGACAAAUUCAAAAAUACUGUUGGUCUUGUUCUACCCCGUCAACUCGUGCGCCAAUCCUUUUUUGUACGCAAUCUUCACAAAGGCCUUUCGGAGGGAUUUCUUUUUGCUCAUGAGCAGGUUCGGGUGUUGUAAGACGCAGGCGGAACUCUACAGAGUUAAUAACUUCACUGCGUAUACCUCCAACUUGAAAAUGGACAGUUUAUACACGGGACCGAAAAAAACUUCCCGGGCUGAAUUCCACGUGAUGGCGCCUGACUGUCAGCAGCUGAAUGAUCACGAGAAACCGGCAAGCACAGGCAGUUAAUGAUCUUUAUUUACUUACAAAUUAUGUUGCACAUCUUUCAUCCCAGGGAGUCUGAGCUUUGUUAAUAGCCUGUGUGUACAUUUGUAAAUGGAUGUUUGUAAAUAGGACGUUGUAUUAGGGACUGGAAAUUUUGAUGCCUGCAAAGUAUUUUUUUUAAUUAAAUAUUUUAAAGAAACAGAAGUGGCGAACGGA